AGUGGCGGUGGAGGCGGAGGAAGAGACGGCGGAGGAGAUGACUCAGACGAGGAUACCCAGUGCGCAUUGAGCGAGAAUUGGACCUUCGAAAAGAAAACGCGAAGAUGGUCACGAAUCUGCGAUAUAAGUCAAGCAAAUGUCGAGCGAUUGCAAGCGAUAGCCGCGGGGCAGCUUCCCUGUCCGGAUGAUUCACUGGAAGACCGUCUUGAGACUGACGACCCCGAGGAAACAAUGAUAGUCCACGGAAGUGUCAGAUUCGAGACCAUCUCCAGCACCCCUAAUUCCGACGACAUGAGUCCCAAGUUCCGUAGAACCGGAUCCGAGCGUCUCCGCGACGGAGCCAAGGCAUUUUUACGCCGGGUCGAGUCUCUUAAAUCGCGACGUCGCAAGCGGCAAAACCGCGAGGGAGUUGUGAUCAGCGGUCCCCAGGUUCUGGACGUGAUUUCCAUGCAGCAGAAAAUGAAAGACCUCAAUUGCGUAGAUGUCUCUCCCACAGGACUUGCUCCUGUGUCUUUUGGCGAGGGAUUUUUGCUGCCCUCUCCAAACCCACCGUCUUCACCGGUAACUAUGCCGAACUCGCCGUACCACUUGCCGAGCAACUUGAUGACCAACACGAGCAGUCCUUUCGGGGACGACUCGUCCAGUUACUGCUCAGACGGUUCUCAAAGCGGGACAAACACCCACACCAUCACGAGCUCCUCGACAACUGGAUCAACCAAAACAAAAUUCAACAAAGCCAAAAGAUUCCUCUACCGCGGCGGCGGCGGCGGCGGCGGAAUGAAGGAAGACCAAGGCACGUUGAGCGAUUCCGAGUGCCAGCCCUCGAACUGGCGACACAAGUACCUGAAGGAUGCCAACAGCAAUCACACUAAAGUACUGGAGUACUUGACCAGUCAGUCGCCAGCUCCUGUUGGAGGAACUACUCACUCUCCGUCGAUUAGCACCAGAGGUGGCAGUCUAAAUCUCGGCAAAGAUUCUCAGCGGUAUCGCGAGAAAAUUACUGGCCAGUCGAAGCUCAACGACAAGGAGCUCAAGGUCGUUGCUCUGAAACGCGAGGAUAAGUUCCACAGGAGCUUCCGGCAUGCUCACGAUGACUUGGUGAUCGAUCGGAAGCAGCAGGCGAUGCUGAUAAAGCACCACCAGCAGCAUCAGCAGCAACAAGUCACUGUUUAUCGGGAAAAAUCGCGGUCAAGGAGCUCCGAACUGGCGGCCAGUCAGGAGAGCAGCUCGACGAUGGCCAGUCGGGAUUCUGAUCCAGAGGAUGAGUCACCCAGGCACAAGGGGACUGUUGUUAGGUGGCACAGUUUCCAGCGCGGGUCCCUCUAUCCGGAACCGCUGGAUCCACUUUGUCCGCGCGCUAUGGCCUCCAUGUCUUGCGGGCAGCUCCUUGUUCUGAGAAAACUUGCUCUGCUUAAGCUGACCGCAUGCAUGGAGCGCUACUGUCCAACUCAUCGGACUGGCUGGAAUUGGGAACUGCCGAAGUUUAUCAGGAAAAUAAAGACCCCUGAUUAUAAAGACAAAACGGUGUUUGGUGUUCCGCUUUUACUGUCCCUGCAGAGGACUGGCCAGGCGCUGCCCAAGUGCAUUCAGAUUGCGCUGAGGUGGUUGAGGGCAAACGCGCUUGAUCAGGUGGGAAUUUUCCGCAAGAGCGGAGUUCGUUCCAGGAUUCAGAAGCUUAAAGCUAUGACGGAAGUACAGGGGGACAAUAUUAAUUUUGAUGGCCAACAGGCGUUUGAUGUUGCGGAUCUUGUUAAACAGUAUUUCCGUGAAUUGCCUGAAGCUUUGUUGACUAAUAAAUUGUCCGAGACGUUCAUUGCUAUUUUUCAACAUGUACCGGUUGAUCUGAGACCUGAUGCGGUGCAAUCGGUUCUGCUGCUACUGCCGGAUGAACAUAGAGAGGCGCUGGAAACUCUUCUGGAUUUUUUGAAUCAUGUGGCCAGUAAUUCACCGUAUAAUCAAAUGACUGCGUCUAAUUUGGCGGUUUGUCUUGCUCCAAGCUUGUUUCAUCUUAAUCAUAAUAACUCGAAUAGUAAUAAUCGGUCGUCCAGUGUGUCACCGAGGAGAAGGAAGACUGUUGGGAUUCCAGAUCAACGGGAAUUGUCGGAAAAUAAAGCGGCACAUGAUUGUCUUCUUUAUUUGGUUAAAAUGCAUCGUGAAUUGUUCAUGGUUUCAUCGGAUAUGUUGACACAGUGUCACUUUAAUUACAUGGAAGAGAGCGUUCCCGUUGGCUUAGAAGAAUUGGGCUCUGAAAUGAAACAAGACUGGCGUGGUUACAUGUAUGUCUGUACAACUGCUUUAUUGAAAGAAGCACGUGAAAAAAGCCGUGGUUGGGUAACAGUAAGCAAUCCAGCAGACAGCAGCGUCGAAAUGGCGUACAAAAAAGUAGGAGACGGCCACCCUUUGCGCUUAUGGCGAGUAUCAACGGAAGUAGAAGCACCUCCUCAUGAAUUACUCCACCGAGUAUUGCGCGAACGUCACAUCUGGGAUCCUCAACUACUGAAGUACCGUAUGGUGAAAAAACUGGACGCUAAUGCGGAGAUAUUUCAGUACGCAGCGGGUAACAUGAGUCCAUUACCGGCGCGAGAUUACUGUGUCCUGAGAACCUGGAGAACGGACUUACCGAAGGACGCCUGUGUAAUUGUCGAAACAUCAGUCCAGCAUCCAGACGCCCCGGUGAUGCUGGGAGGGACUCGCGGAAUAGUCCUGGCGUCACGUUAUCUCAUCGAGAAGAGCGGAAGUGGAAAAUCACGUAUCAUGCAUUUGUCACGAGUCGACACCAAGGGUCGGACGCCAGAGUGGUAUAAUAAAAGCUACGGUCACAUUGCCGCUCUUUAUUUAAGUAAAAUACGUAAUUCAUUCAAGCACUCAUCCGAUGGCCCCGAAAGUAAAGUCUGA